AUGUCUAUGAAUGUAUACAAGCGACAAGAGAAGCUGCGUCUCUACCGUGCCCUUCUAAGGGGGGCAAAUCGUUUCCCAUUACGUUCUCGGCGAGAAAUAGUGCGGGAGGAAGUUCGAGGUGCCUUUCGGCAUCCUCUGAAUGAUUCACUAACGACGAAGGAGGUGGAUUACAAGCUUCUUUUGGGGUGGGAACGGGCCGCCGCUAUUCAGACCUACGCCGAGAACAUGUACUGGUUCCAUUCCCGAGAUGAGGUUUCGAGGGAAAUGAUGCAUCAUUCCCUUGAGCGGGACCGUCAGCGCAUUAGGGAGAUGGAGCGGUGUAAUGCCGUGGGAAAUGCGGAAAUAAAAACGCCAGAGGUGACUGAAUUCAAGUCAUCGAUGUACCAUGUGCAUCCGGACUAUCACGGGAAGAUUGGACAGAUGCCGCUGACACACAGCCGUGACAUUUGGAGAGCGCGUGGACAAUAUGGAUCCGAUGUCGGCGGUCCCCGACAGAAGUUUUAUGUUCGUCGCUUCAAGGCCUUAUUUCCACAGGGUUGGUGA